UGCUUCAUGUGUGUGUGUAGGGCCGCCCUGCCUCUCUUAUUAUCCUGGUGUUGCCGCGUGUAACACUCGUCGGGUGUUGCUCCUGGCAGGUGUAGAGGGUGUCGGUGAGUGGGUGUAGGGGGGCGAGGGGCAGGCGGAGGAGCCCCUACACACAGCUCGUAUAUUAUUAUCUCAAGCACCACGGCCGCCAUCACUGUCUAGCUCUCUUGGUCACCGCUCCUCCUGGCGGCCACACUCUCCUGUCAUGACGCUCCCUAAUGGUGACACACACUCCCUGGCUGGUGACUCUGGUGAUGACUUGUCAGCAUAAAGUCAAAAGGACACAGAUGACACUUCAAGCGUAGGGAGUGGUUCUAAUGCUGAUAACUCGCGCAGUGGUACGCCAACACAACGAAGAAAAGGCCGUAGCAAGCGUGGACGUAAGAAGGUCCCUGCACCUCUCAAAAUGGGAUAUAAAUUUGUAUGCUAUUUAAAAGAAGACCAUGCACAGCCUAUAUUUGGAGUACAGUUUAACCAGCACUUGCGUGAUGGUCAGCCACUAGUGUUUGCAACUGCUGGUAAUAAUCGCGUCUCAGUAUAUCAAUGUAUGGAUGAUGGUUCCAUCAAACUACUUCAGUGCUAUAGUGAUCCUGAUCAGCCAGAGGAGAACUUCUACACAGUGGCAUGGAGUUAUGACACAGAAACCGGUCGGCCAAUUCUUGCAGCUGCUGGAUCCCGGGGUGUUGUACGAAUCUUUUCACUUGCCACAAUGCAGUGUGUUAAGCAUUUCAUAGGUCAUGGAAAUGCUAUUAAUGAGCUGAAGUUUCACCCACGUGAUCCAAACUUGUUGCUAUCGGUUAGCAAAGAUCAUGCGCUCAGGAUGUGGAACAUUCGUACCGACAUACUAGUGGCCACUUUUGGAGGAGUAGAAGCACACAGAGAUGAAGUACUAAGCACUGAUAUUGAUGUUGAAGGAACAUGCAUUGUAUCUUGUGGAAUGGAUCAUUCAUUGAAGAUCUGGAAAUUGACCACAGACAUAAUGCUUUCCACCAUUAACCAGUCGUACACAUUCAAUCCUAGUCGGGCAGUUAGACCAUUCCCAACUGUGCAACAGAAUUUUCCCGACUUCUCGACCAGAGAUAUCCAUAGGAAUUAUGUGGAUUGUGUUCGCUGGCUUGGAAGAUUUAUCCUCUCAAAGAGUUGUGAAAAUACCAUUGUGUGUUGGAAGCCUGGUCUUCUCAAUCAGACAGAACUGAAACACAAUGAUACUAAUGUUACAAUCAUACACAAAUUUGAUUAUAAGGAAUGUGAAAUCUGGUUCAUGAGAUUUUCCUUAGAUUAUUGGCAAAAGGUUUUGGCCGUUGGUAAUCAACAAGGUCGCACGUAUGUUUGGGAUUUGGAUAUUUCUGAUCCAUCCCAGGCACGUUGUUCGACACUUACUCACCCAAAGUGUGUUGCACCCAUCAGACAGACGGCCUUUUCACGUAAUGGAAACAUUUUGAUAACGGUCUGCGAUGAUGCUACUAUCUGGCGUUGGGAUAGAGUAGCACAGCAAUAGGUUAUAUGUACAAAAAAAUAUGUACGUAUAUGCAAAAAUAAACCUUGUAGUACCUAAUGAUGCAAGAAUUAUUUCUGCAAUUGUACUACAUUAUUUUUACUGUCAGUCUUAAUGUAUAUAAGGAAGUGAAUUAUGUACAAAUUAUCUUUAAUUAUUACCUUUAAGUGGAAAUGGUUACAUUAUUCUAAUUUAAAUAAUUGUCAUGUUUUUUAUCUUAAUACUGUAUUGAUAACUUCAAUAAUAAAAUGAUUAUAUAAUC